AUGUUAGGAAAAGACCAAAUAGUAGAAAAACUCCGAAAUCAUAUCCUGAAGAAAUCAGCCCCAAGUAUCAAGAUCGCCAAACAACCACAAAUUACAAAAUGGUUUAGGCCAAAAACAGAAGCUUUGAUGGAAGCAGAACUGUGUCAACCACUCAAAACAAUCUCUGCUACUGAAAAUCACAUGCAAGAAGCCACACACAAAAAUAAAAUCUCGGCCAAUUUUUUAGGAUGUAAUAUGUAUUACCGAACACUGGCUCUGUCUAAAGAAGAAAUUCAGUCAACCUCUAUUCCAAGGUACUCAUUAACAAGCUUUUAUUGUAGGAAUUUCUCCACACAUGGCGAUACUGCUAUAUUUGUAAAGGACCAGAUAAAAUUCAGUGAGGUAGGCCUAAAUGAACAGAUUGCAUUAUCUGAAGAUAAGGAAUUUGAGCUUUCUAUGGUUAAGCUGCCUGAACUAAACUAUAUAAUUAUAAAUGUAUACAGAGCACCAAGUAGUAAUAUUCCAAAUUUUAUGACCAAAUUAGUUCUGCUGAAUAGUGUCAGCUCAUUAAAUAUGAGAAUAAUACUUUGUGGCGAUUUUAACAUUGAUUUAUCAAAAAACAGUAAUGCUAAACUUGAUUUGUUAAACAUGACCAAAUCCUUUAAUAUGAUCCCCACAAUACACUCUUCAACAAGAUCAACUGAGCAUACUGAUUCAAUAAUUGAUCAAAUCUUCAUAACUGAUGCUGGUUACAAAUUCACUGGCGAAGUACUGAGCAUGGGAUACAGUGACCAUGAUGCUCAGCUACUGAGCGUUGACAUGGAAAAUAGUAAAAUCAGCCCCAAAAAAGUAUUUCAAAGAAGAAACUUUUCAGAUGGCAAUAUUAGGAUUUUUAACUUCCUAUUAGCUAAGGAAAAUUGGGACAGUGUUUACAUGCAAACAACUGUUGAUAAUAUGUUCUUAAGCUUCCAUAACACCUUCCUUUAUUACUUUAAUACAGCAUUUCCUUUUGAAACAAAAACUUCAAGCAAUCAAAAUAGAAAGUCGUUGGUAACAAAAGGAAUCAAAAUUUCUAGUGAGAGAAACAGAUUUCUCCAAUAUUGCUCCAAAAAAUACAUAGUCACUGAAGAAUUUUCUGACUAUUGUAAAGCCUACAAAAAAACUUAUCUUACAGUGAUUAGACAGGCAAAACUUUUAUGGAAUGACAAUUUCAUAAGAAACUCUUCAAACAAAAUGAAUGCUAUGUGGAAAGUUAUUAAAAAAGAAACUUGUAGUUCAACACCUAAAAAGGAAAACAUUUCUCUAACACUUAAUGACUCUAAGGUCACAGAUCCAUACACAGUUGUAAACAAGUUCAAUGAAUAUUUCACCUCACUAGCAGAAGAUCUCAUUCAGGCAAACUGCAAGGUAUCGUUCUUCAAUUCCACCAAUGCGUCAAACAGCACUAAUGCUACAAUGUUUGUUUAUGAAACAAACCCUGAUGAAAUUAGGAACAUAAUAAAAUUGUUACCCAAUAAAAUCUCUAGUGGCUAUGAUGAAGUACCUGACCUCAUAUUAAAGGUGUGUGCUCCCCAUAUAGUAAAGCCAUUAUCAACCAUCUACAACCAACCAUUAAAAACUGGCAUUUUUCCAGAUGCUCUCAAAAUAGCUAAAGUCUCACCAUUACUAAAGAAAGGUUCCCCUGAUUUAGUAUCCAAUUAUAGACCAUUAUCCAUAUUAAGCAUCUUUUCAAAAAUCCUGGAAAAACUUUUUUAUGACAGGCUUAUAAAUUUCAUAAAAAACCACGCACCAAUCAGCAUUCAACAACAUGGUUUUAGUAAAUCUUUAUCCACCCAGACAGCAAUUUUUGAACUGUUGGACCACAUACUGAAAUCAAUUGACCAACAUAAUAUAGCUGCAGUUCCCUAUGUAAAUUGUUUGUAUUCUCUGUAUGUGAAGUUACUAUAUUCAUCAAUGAAAAAUUUUGUGUACAUUUUUUUAAAUGGCAGUCCAUUGCCUAUUUUUUUUUCUCCAAACUACAUAUUGUUAAGAAAAAUGACUUGUCCUAUAUCAUGUGUACUUUGUACAAUAUGUGAUCCACAGGAUAAAUAA